AUGUCAACUACCACAGACCAUAGCAACGAAGCGGAAGAGAGGCUCUUAUCCUCUCAGUCCAGCAGCUAUGACGACGACAUACUGGAGGAAAUUGCGUCGAAGCAGGUGUUAAAUCAUUAUCCAAGACGAUUCCCUUGGAGGAAGAUCUUUCAAGGCAUUGGCUAUUCCACAUCCGGAGCCAUCUUGGUCUUUUCAUUUGCUUUGGCAGCAUACUUCCUAGACUCACCCACGAAAAUGUCUACCAUCGUCCCAGAAUGGAGUGUCGUUGACGGUGGACAGACCUUUCGCGCCUGGGAGCCGUCCUCAGCAUGCGGGCAUACGCCCAACGAAGCCCGCGCAGCAGGUUGCAUCUACGAUGACGUUCUGCUCCACUGGAUGCCGACACAAUGCUCUUCUCCCGAACUCAUUGACGAAUUUGAGCACGUAUGGCCGUGGGAGUUCUUUGAGGACCAAAAUGCGACAAAGGCCAUCACUCUACCCCAAGUUAUGAAGGGCACGCAAGACAUAAAAUGGGUGUCUAUGGAUCUUCAUCGUUGGCAUUGUGUUGCAACAUGGAAAAUUCUCAGCAGCGCCGCACGAUGGAAAACAACAGUUCCGGCUUAUGCUAUCAACUGGAAUCACUCAACACACUGUGCCGAUCAUGUGUUGAUAAAUAUGCACGUCGAAGACCCGUUCGCUAUCAACUCACAUCUCGACAUUGAGUACACACCAUGUGUAACUCUGGCAGAGGACAGAUCACUAGGAAGGGCAAGAGAGUGGUGA